AUGAAUCCGAAGCAAAGUGAAACCUCGUACAAAUUUCGAGGUACUAACAUAGUUGUUCCGAUGACCAAGGAAGCCAUGAAAAGUAAGGAUAUGCCGAGUGCUGAGCUCACAAAGAAUAUGAACGAUCGAAAGCCAUCGUGGGAAAAGCUUAAUCAUGUUGAUUCCCUCAAUUUGGAGGCUGGAAGAAUUUCCUCAACCAAAAGUCAUGCUCUGAAGAAAAGUUGGAUGAGGACAUUGAGUUUAGCAUUUCAAAGCAUAGGGAUUGUAUAUGGGGACAUUGGAACUUCUCCUUUAUACGUCUAUGAUAGCACCUUCACAGAUGGUAUCCAGGACACCAAUGACCUUCUUGGAUGCUUGUCUCUUAUCAUCUAUACCAUUAUACUCAUGCCCUUUGUUAAGUAUAUUCUCAUUGUUUUGUUGGCUAACGACAAUGGUGAUGGUGGUACAUUUGCAUUGUAUUCUUUGAUUUGCCGGUACGCGAAGGUGAGCUUAAUUCCAAAUCAGCAACCAGAAGACAAUCAACUUUCCAAUUACAAACUAGACACACCAUCCAAACAAUUUAAGAGGGCACAAAAGAUUAAGCACAAGCUAGAGAACAGUAAAUUCGCCCAAGUUAUGCUUUUCCUUGUAACAAUCAUGGCAACGUCUAUGAUCAUUGGAGAUGGAAUUCUUACACCAUCUAUUUCAGUACUUUCAGCAGUUAGCGGGAUCAAAUUCAAGAUCUCAUCACUUGGUCAAGGGGCUGUUGUUGGGAUCUCCAUAGCAAUCUUGAUCGUUCUCUUUCUUGUCCAGCGGUUUGGCACUGAUAAAGUUGGCUACACAUUUGCCCCUAUGGUUGUGAUUUGGUUUUUAUUCAUUGGAGGCAUAGGUCUUUACAACUUGUUCAAAUAUGAUGUUGGUGUAUUGAAAGCUUUCAAUCCAAAGUAUAUUAUAGAUUAUAUGAAAAGGAAUGGUAAAAAAGGUUGGAUUUCUCUUGGUGGAAUAUUUCUGUGCAUUACAGGGACUGAGGCCAUGUUUGCAGACUUGGGUCACUUCAACGUGCGAGCAAUUCAAAUUAGUUUCUCUUUUAUUACAUUUCCUGCACUAGUUUGCGCUUACAGUGGACAAGCAGCAUAUCUUAGAAAGUUCCCAGAUGCAAUAGGGAAUACUUUUUAUAAAUCAAUACCUAAUGCAAUAUUUUGGCCAACAUUUAUUGUGGCGGUUUGUGCUGCUAUCAUUGCAAGCCAGGCUAUGAUUUCAGGAGCAUAUUCUAUUAUCCAGCAGUCUCAAAGUUUAGGAUGCUUCCCUAGAGUUAAGGUCAUACAUACCUCUGCCAAAUAUGAAGGACAGGUGUUCAUACCUGAGAUCAACUACUUUCUUAUGAUAGCUUGUAUCAUAGUCUGUGCCGUUUUCAAAACCACAACAAAGAUUGGAAAUGCUUACGGGAUUGCUGUGUGCAUGGUAAUGCUGGUCACAACUUGCAUGGUUACUCUUAUCAUGCUUGUUAUAUGGAAGACAAGCAUAUUGUGGAUUGCUAUUUUUGUUGUGGUAUUCGGUUCAGUUGAGAUUGUGUAUCUAUCAUCCAUGCUUACUAAAUUUGUUCAAGGAGGCUUUCUUCCAUUGGUACUUGCUUUUAUCUUGAUGUGCAUCAUGGGUAUUUGGCAUUACACACAUAGAAAAAGGUACAUGUUUGAGCUCAACAACAAGGUUUCUGGAGAAUAUCUAAGAGAAAUAGUAAGCAAAAAAGUUAUAUCUAGAAUUCCUGGAGUAGCACUUCUAUACUCGGAGCUUGUUGAAGGGGUUCCACCAAUAUUUGCUCAUGUUGUUGCAAACAUACCCUACAUCCACUCUGUUAUAGUGUUUGUUUCCAUUAAGCCUAUCCCUAUUAGUAAAGUUGCAAUAGAUGAGAGAUUUCUUUUUAGACAAGUUCAAGCAAGAGAGUAUAGAAUAUUUCGUUGUGUUGUGAGGUAUGGCUAUAAUGAUGUGAUUGGAGAACCAAAGGAGUUUGAGCAACAAUUAGUGGAAGAACUAAAAGAAUUUAUUCGUAAUCAAAGUUUUACUCAUGAUGGAAAGGGUUCUUCCAAUCAAAUAAUCCCAACAACUUCUUCAUAUCAAGUAGUGGAAGAUCAAGAGGUGUUGUUGUCUCAAUCUGAUCAACAAAAUCCAAAGUCUAACCCUACAAUGAAUGUGUCUCGUGCUUCAUCUGAUUCUAUUCAUUCAUUUGGAGUUAAUAGUAGAAUCUCUAAUCCACAAAUGCAGGGAGUUGAAGAGGAGAUAAACUUUGUUCAGAGAGCAAUGGAGAAAAGUGUGGUGUAUAUGAUUGGAGAAACCGAAGUGGUGGCAGAGCCAAACUCAUCCAUGCUUAAGAAGAUAGUUGUGAAUUAUAUCUACAAUUUCUUGAGGAGAAACUUUAGGCAAGGAGAAAUUUUAUCAGCAAUACCACGUUCUAAGCUUCUCAGGGUUGGAAUGACAUAUGAGAUAUGA